CUAAUUUCUCCACCGUUGGGGCUACCACAUAAUUUAAAAAUAGCAGCCAUUUGUCAAACUCAAUGCAGCCAUACCCAAAGUAAUUCAAGAAUCUGCUCUUGACGGGAGCUAAGAAGAAGGCUUGGCAAUAUUAUUGUUGCUAUUUGGCUCGAGUAUCAUGGGCUUGCUUGAGCAUAUAUGAUGGGAGCUGCUUAAUAGAUUUUGAGUUCUAAAGCGACAAAAUUAGGUGAAGAUAAAGAGGAAACCAUGACAGAAACUGUUGUGGCCCUUGUCGUCAACGAGUUGGUUCAAUUGAUUGUCCAUGAAUCAAAUUUGCUCAAGGGUGUACACCAGGAAGUUGUGGACAUUAAAGAUGAACUGGAGAGCAUCCAGAGUUUUCUCAAAGAUGUCGAUAAAGGAGACCUCCACGCUGGCGUCAAAAUAUGGGUAAAACAAGUGAGAGAAGCAGCUUAUCAUAUAGAAGAUGUAAUAGAUGAAUACGUUCUUCACAUGGCACAACGUCGUCAUCAGCAAAGUUUUCUUGCUUUCCUCAAUAAAAUUGGCAGAUUAUUGAAAUACAUACAGCCGCGCCAUGACAUAGCUACCAAGAUUCAAGAUAUCAAAAUAUCGGUCCGUGAAAUCAAGGAACGAAGUGAAAGAUAUGGUUUUAGUUCCUCAGCGCAAGGAUCAAGUAAUAAUGCAGCAAAUGUUGCAUGGCAUGACCCUCGAGUGGGUGCACUUUUCAUUGAAGAAGAUGAAGUUGUGGGGAUUGAGUCAACCAGGGAUGAACUCGUAAGCUGGUUGGUGGGGGAAGCAUCUAAACGCUCUGUGAUGUCGGUGGUCGGCAUGGGCGGAAUUGGUAAGACAACUCUUGCUAAGAAAGUGUACGAGAAUGAAUCAGUGAAGGGACAUUUUGACUGUCGUGUUUGGAUCACUGUGUCUCAAUCAUACAACGUGCAGAAGAUACUCAUGUCUAUGAUAGACCAAAUCUACCAAGCAAAAGAAACUGCUCUCGAGCAAAUAGACACGACAGACGAGAUCACACUCAUUACCCAGCUGAGGAAAUUUUUACAACAAAAGAGGUAUGUUGUGGUUUUUGAUGAUGUUUGGAAAACAGAGUUUUGGGAAAUUGUGAAACAUGCUUUGCCAUUCAAUGAUAGAGGCAGCAGGAUUAUCAUCACAACACGAAGUGAUCUCAUUGCUUCUUUUUGUAAGGAAUCUUUUUCUGAUCAUGUCCACAAGCUACAACCGUUAUCUCAAGACAAGGCGUGGGAAUUGUUCUGCAAAAAGGCAUUCUGGAGCGAGUUUCAGGGGUGUUGUCCGAAAGAAUUGGUGAAAAUGUCGAUGGACAUUGUGAGAAAAUGUGAAGGCCUGCCACUUGCAAUUGUUGCCAUAGGUGGUCUUCUAUCAACAAAGGAGAAGGUGCCAUUAGAAUGGAAAAAGUUGCAUGAUAGCCUCAAUUCUGAGCUAGAAUGCAAUCCUCACCUUACAAGUAUAACAAAAAUCCUCUCACUCAGCUAUCAUGAUCUGCCCUGCUACCUAAAGUCUUGUUUCUUGUACUUUGGCAAUUUACCGGAGGAUUACUCAAUCACUGGUCCAAGAUUACUUCGACUAUGGGUAGCUGAGGGGUUUAUAAGAGAAAAGAAAGGCAAACCAUUAGAAGACGUGGCGCAAGAAUACUUGAAGGAGCUCAUCCAUAGAAACUUGGUGCAAGGUUUAUUUAGUGAGCUUGAUUAUGAGAUCCUCAGAAAGUACAGAAUCCAUGAUUUGCUGCGUGAAAUUAUCCUGUCAAAGGCUGGAGAGUUGAAUUUAUCUCAAGUUCUAGAAGUCGGAGACACAACUUUCGAUGGAAGAAGUUGAUGCCUAUCAAUCCAUGAUGCUAGAGAAAAUGUUCUGGACACAAGUGAGUACUCUCGAGUUCGUUUUGUUUUUUUCUUCAAUACUAAUGAAAUGCCUAGGUCUUUCAUUGUUAAAUUGUUCAAAAGGUUUAGUCUUUUGAAAGUGUUGGAUUUUGAAGAUGGUCGUAUUGAUUAUCUUCCUGAUGAAGUGGGUGAUUUAUUCCACUUGAAGAACUUAAGUUUGAGAAGAACAAAAGUGAGUAUACUUCCAAAGUCAGUGGGUAGGCUACAUAAUCUACAAACACUAAAUGUUGUGGAAAGUGGAGUUCGUGAGCUACCAAUUGAAAUAUUCAAGCUUUAUAAGCUAAGGCAUAUUUUGGCUCAUUCUCAUGACUUUGAAAUUAAAAGUAGCUUUUAUUCUGUGAGAGGAGUAAAAGUACAUGAAGGGGUUGGAUGUUUAAACGAAUUGCAGACACUAGCAAGUAUUGAGGCAAAUCAUCAUGGGGUUGGUGUAUUUGAAGACCUUGGAAAGUUGAUUAAGUUAAGGAUGCUGGGCAUUUCAAACAUGACUGCAGAACGUGGGAGGGCUUUGUGUGACUCCAUUCAAAAUAUGGUCCACCUUAACAUUUUGCUUGUAGGCUCAAUCAGUGAAGAUGAGAUCAUAGACUUACAAUCAAUUUCAACACCACCUCCAUUUCUAGCACAUAUCUAUCUAAGGGGGAGAUUGGAGAGGGUGCCCAAUUGGAUUUCAGAGCUUCAGAAUCUUGUCACACUAGUGUUAUUUUUCUCAUCAUUAGAGGAGGAUCCACUGUCGAGUGUCCAGGCUUUGCCUAAUCUAAUCACCCUUUCUCUUAAUCAUGCUUAUGAUGGGGAGCAACUGCAUUUUGAGGAAGGUGGUUUUAAAAAGCUCAAGAAGCUCACACUCAGAGAGUUGAAAGGAUUAAAGAUGGUGGAUAUAGACAAUGGCUCACUGCCUGUUCUUGAGGAGCUAGCUAUUGGGCCAUGCCCGCAGAUGGAGGAGGUGCCCUCUGGAUUCCUACAGCUGAAAAGUCUAAAGAUUCUCGACUUCUAUGAAAUGCAUAGAGAAUUUGUGCUACGUAUGCAGCCAGAUGGAGGCGAAGAUUAUUGGAAAGUUAAGAAGGUAACUACUAUCCGUCUCAGGUAUAGGAUUAAAGGAGAAAAAUAUCAAAUAUACAAGCUUAAUGACUCAGACUUGUCGGAGCGUCUACAAGGGUGAGUGCUGGAGGAUCAAACUGCCUUGCGGUUCUGUGAAAGACAAGGAAUCAUACAACAAUAGGGGAAGUAAGAAGUAGUCAUGCAGUUGAAGGACUCUUGGAAUAAGAGGAUAUCUCCUCAGUAGAUUUCUUGAAUAAGAGGGUGUCUCCUCAGUAGUUACUAGUAAUAGUAGUUAUCAAUAUUUGUAGUAAUUCAUCUACUCUGUUCUUAUCAACAGUGUCUUGUAAUACUUACGGUUAUAAUUAUUCAAUUUUCUUUGAAUUUCC